AUGAGUGACGAACCAACAUCAGCAGCUUUAUUAGAGCAAUUAGUGUAUAUUGAUAAUUAUAUCAAUGGGAAUGCAUCAACUGCAACUGAUAGUUCAACUGCCACACCUAAUCUUGACAUGGAUGGUCAAUUAAGUUUAGAUUUAGCUGCAUUUGCAGAUGAUUCGUUUAUUUUUCCCGAUGAAGAUAAGAAGCAUAAUCACGAUAACAAUAAUAAUGAUAGUAAUUGGAAUAUUCAAGAAUUUGACCACCAUGAAGUUGGUCAUAGUCAUAGCCUUAGUCAUAGCCAUCAUCACCAACACCAAAACCACCACCAAAGCCACCACGUUGAAGAUCUUAAUAAUAAUAACAUAUUAAGACAACAAGAAUUUCAAUCUCAUUUACCAUCAUUAUCACACCAACCACAUCACCUAUCUUCUUCAUUACUUGCUUCACAAUCUCAUGGUCAUACAAAUCUAUCAUUGACAACACAUCAACCAAUAGAAGAACUUAAUUUUAUAAAUCCAUCUUCUUCAUUUACCAAUUUGACUGAUUUACCCAAAUUUCCAGUUCCACCAGGAGCAAAAUCAUCAUUAAUUGAUGCAGGAUUAUCACAAAAUCAAAUUGAUUUAUUGAGUGCUUUAGUUGCUCAACAUCAAGCUAGUUUAGGUAAUCCAAUACCUUCAGCUUUAGCUUCAGUUUCUUUUUCUUCUGGGAAAUCACCAAAUGCUACAACCACAACCACAACUACAACUACACCAUUAUCAGUAUCACCAACUGAAUUACCUCUUCGAAAUAAUAAUAAUAAUAAUAAUAACACUACAAUUGCUCCUAUUAUUACUACUACUACUACUAAUGGUAAUGGUAAUGGUAAUGGUAACCACCAUUUACAUCGAUCACUGGUAUCACUGCAACUGAGCAAUACAACAAUGUCAUUCUUAGAUCCUAUUCCAUCAUCAUCUAGUGUAUCACCAUCAUCUAUAACCACUGGUGGUGGUAGUGGUGGUGGUAGUAGUAGUAGUGGGAAUAAUCAAAUUCAAGGAUUUUCAUCAGAAUUAGAUAAAAAACGAAGAAAUACUGCUGCAAGUGCUAGAUUUCGAUUUAAAAAAAAAUUGAAAGAAAAACAAAUGGAAAAUAAAAUUCAAAAUUUAGAAAAUUUAAUUAUAAAUUUAGAAAAUCAAUUAAAUAAUUUAGAAAUGGAAAAUAAAUUAUUAAGAAAUAUGAUAACGGUUAAAGGUACACAAAAAUCUAAUGAUGAAGUGAAAUUAUUACGAGAAAAAGCUAAAUUAAAUUAA